GCCGGGGAGCACAGCCCGCUGGUGGGGGUCCAGCUUAAGCUCUUCUAUUGAACAGCUGAGCGGUCCAGGGCAGAGCGGGACAUCACUGGUUAAUAUCACUCUCCCUCCCGUCAACAUCAUGCUCGUGCCUCGCUCCGGGGGCCCCGCGCUCGGUAACGGGAGCGAGUGAGAAACGAAGAGCAAGAGGCAGUGUGUGAUGUUUUUAUGGUUUCCCCUCUCCCGCUCAAGGACACCGAGAAGACGCUCGGCGGGGGAUUGGUCCUGAAUUGCGCAGCGCGGAAAGAGACGCGGAGGCUUCGUUGCGUUGUUGCGUAAAUCUUUGCUGAAGAGCUUUCUUUUUCCGCUUUUCUUUUUCUCUCUCUCCGAUUCUGGAAUUUAUAACUUGCAGGACUUCCUUUUUUUUAUUAUUCCGCUAAGCUGUUAUCAGUCAUUCUAACAUCAGUAGCCUACAUUGAAUGUAGCUUCCCGGCUGAGCGCCGCGUCUGGCUGUGCUUGUGUGUCUCUGUGUGUGUGCGUGUGUGUGUGUGUGUGUGUGUGUGUGUGUGUGUGUGUGUGUGUGUGUGUGUGUGUGUGUGUGUGUGUGUGUGUGUGUGUGUGUGUGUGCGCGCGCGCGUGUGUUUGCCUGUACGUGCGCGCGCGCGUGUGUGUGAGAGUAGGUGUGGGCGUGCGUGCGUGCGUGCGUGUGUGUGUUGGGGGGGGGGCGGGGGAGCAGCUCUUCCCGUCUACCCAUCCAAUGUCCCACUCGGUGAGCGCGUGCUCCUUCCACACAGACGAGAUGAUACUUCUUGGACUUCUCUUCACUGUGAUCAGGUUUUCAGCCGUGCUGCCGUUCUCGGCUCCGGUCCACCACCUCCCGGCUCACCUCCCGGCGGCGGCCCCCCAGGCCGGUCGGGGGGACUGCCUCGACGCCCACCGGGCCUGCGGCAGCGACCCGCGCUGCGAGGCGCUGUACCGCGGCGUGGAGCUGUGUGCGGACGACGCCGGCGCCGCCCCGCUGGGCGAGCGGGCCGCCUCCGAGUGCCUGGAGAGCCAGGACGCCCUGCUGGCCCGCCACCCGGCCCUGCUGGCCUGCCGGUGCCAGCGCGGCUCGCGGCGCGAGGAGCGGUGCCUGCACGUGUACUGGAGCGUCCGCCUGCUGCCAGGGGAAGAUGAAAUGGAGGUGUCUCCGUAUGAAAUGAUGCCCAUGGACACUCACAUGGCCUCCUUAAUAGCGGCCUCCUCCUCGCUGCCCCACGACGGUCUGAACCCCUGCCUGAAGGCGGCGCAGGACUGCGGGCUCUUCGAGAAGUGCGGCGCCCUGCGCUCCGAGUACGUCCUGGCGUGCACCAAGCGGCCCAGCGGCACGGACCGCUGCAACCGGCAGAAGUGCCACCGCGCGCUGCGCCGCUUCCUGGAGCGCGUGCCCGAGGAGUACAGCCUGGGCGUGCUCUUCUGCCCGUGCGGCGAGCCGCUGUGCGGGGAGCGCCGGCGGAAGACCAUCGUCCCGUCCUGCUCCUACCUGGAGAGGGACGGACCCCCGCCCAACUGCCUCCACCUGCAGAGCUACUGCCGCCGGGACGACCUCUGCAGAUCCAGGCUGGCGGACUUCCUCCACAGCUGCCAGGCGUCCUCCAUGUCCUCCUCGGGCUGCGUGCGGGACACCUCGGCCGGCCUCUGCCUCCGGGCCUACGCCGGACUCAUCGGCACCAUGAUGACCCCAAACUACGUCAGCAACAGCUCGGCCGACGUGGCGCUGUGGUGCAACUGUGAGGGCAGCGGGAACCAGUGGCAGGACUGCCUCCGCCUCCAGCGCAUGUUUACCCACAACCCCUGCCUCAGUAGUUCCAUCAGCGCCCUGGGGCCUCCCCGGGCCCCAGACGGUCGAGAACACCCCCCCUCCUCCCUCCAGAUCCCCCCCCUUCAACCCGGGUGACGAGUUGCUCAGCAACAACCUACUGCCUGAACACAACAACAUUGUGCUCGGCAGUGAGGAAGACGAUGAGUUCCUGAGGAAGCACCAAGGGGAGCCGGGGGAGG